AUGGAGAAAGGCGCACAGCAGCAGCAGCAGCAGCAGCAGCUGUCCAGGGGCGCAGAGAGCGCGGCUGAGGACGUCUCCAAAAUCCCCGAUGAGGAUCUGCUGAAGUGGAGCAAAGACGAGCUGGUGCGGCGGCUGCGGAGGGCAGAGGCGGAGAAGAGGGGCGUCAUCGUGGAGCACGGCAAUCUGAUGCGGGAGGUGAACCGGAGGCUCCAGCAGCAUCUGAACGAGAUACGGAGUUUGAAGGACGUGAACCAGAAACUGCAGGAGGACAACCAGGAGCUGCGGGACCUGUGCUGCUUCCUGGAUGACGACCGGCAGAAGGGGAAGCGGGUGCUGCGUGAGUGGCAGCGACUGGGCCGCUACAGCGCCGGACUGAUGAAGAAGGAGGUGGCUAUUUACCUGCAGAAGCUGAAGGAGCUGGAGCAGCGGCAGGUGGAGAUCAUUCGGGAGAACCAGGAGUUCAAAGAGGUGUGCCUCAUGCUGGAGGAGGAGAGGGCUGCGGCUGUGGCUGAGGCGGGAGGUGGUGGUGGUGCAGGUGGGCAUGUUGGCGCCGGCUGCAGGAGUUCUAUCGACAGUCAGAGCAGCUUGUCUCAGCUGGGUGGAGGUGUCCCAGCGGCUGGCCUCUUGCGAGACGUUGGUGACGGGAGCAGCACCUCGAGUGCGGGAAGCACAAAUAGCCCAGACAACCCCCAGCACAAAUCCCCUACUCCGGGCUCUGCUGCCAGCCCCGGGUCUGGGCCGAGAUUUGUUUCCUCAGAGCAACCAAACAAACCAGGAGGUGUGUGUGAAUCAACAGGCAGGAGGAACAGCUCCACCUCGGAGUACCACACCUUCCCCCAGUCCUGCCGACCACGUGGAGGGUCCCUCACUAACCUGGACCCUAACAUGCUUUGGGGACAUAGCCCGGAGAAACACAGCAAGUCUCCCACAAGGGUGCCUGUCGACUCCCACCUCAAAACCUACAGCUCUGACCUAUAUGCCCAGAAACAACUGCUACUGUCAGGGCAGGCAUCAGCCGUCUGUGGGAAAGGUUCAGCCAAGUCCAGCCCAGAGCUGAGUCAGAGACAUCGGCAGGUUAACAUAGGGGGGGGGGCAAGCCGUGGGAGUCCUGAGGCCAAGCAGCCACCGAUGGGGACGCCUGAGCACCUGCGGAAAGGGCGGGUGGUUGUGGGGAGUCCGGAGUCUACACGGCAACACUACCACUGUCAGCACAGCCCCGGGGUGGAGCACAGCAAGGGGAGGUACAACAGUGGCUCCCCCAGAAGAGAGGGUGGUCAGAGGAGGGCAGUGGGGGAGGAGAUGGCCCCUCACCACCAGAGUCUGUACAACGCGCUGAUAUCUGCCGGCUGCUGCACCAACUCCUGUAGGAGUGUAAAACUUUGGGACAGGUGA